CGGCAAGCGGGAGGGACCAAUUGCCCCAAUCAGUGCUCCUGGGUAACCCCAAGCGUGGAAGGUCGCUCCAAAGGAAGACGUUUGUGCAAAGUCGAGGUGGCCGCUGUGGUAGUCAUGAUUGGGUCCCUUUGCCGACAACCCGCAGUUUUGCGGCUGGCGGGACGCUCACGACCCUCGGGAUAUUUUGUGCAGCAGCUGAGUCAGGGGGGACCGAGCUCCAGUGGCGAGGGCAAUGGGUCCAAGGAGGCGGUGGAGCGACUGGUGCGCGCACAUCCGGUGGUGGUGUUCAUGAAGGGGAGCCCGGCCCAGCCCCAGUGCGGCUUCAGUAACGCGGUGGUGCAGAUUCUGCGUCUUCAUGGUGUUAAUGAUUAUCGUGCCUAUGAUGUCCUCCAGGAUCCCGACCUCCGGCAAGGAAUUAAAAAUUAUUCCAACUGGCCUACUAUUCCUCAAGUCUACCUCAAUGGUGAAUUUGUGGGAGGUUGCGACAUACUACUUCAAAUGCAUCAAAGUGGAGACCUGGUGGAAGAGCUUAAGAAAUUAGGAAUUCAAUCUGCACUUCUAGAAUCUGAGAAAGACCAUGACAAAAAAUAAAAUUACUGUGACUUUGACAAAGACAUCUUUUGAUAAUUGGUACCGGAAAAGCCUUCUGUACUUUAGUUUUUUUAAAAAAAAAACAAGUUUUGAAUUAAUGAAGUUUAUCAUUAAGCAUUCUGUUGUUUGUUCACAGUAUGAUCAACUGAUACAUAUUUUUAUUUUUGUCACCCAUUUACAAUACUAUAAAAAUAAAAAAAGGUAAUUCACUUCUAUUUUGCACUGCUUUGUAUUUGAUUAGUCAUUUUAAUUGCCUUUAUGCUAAGAAUUUAUUCCAGAAUAGUUGGGAUUAUUUCUUUAAAAAAAAAUCUUUAUGAAACAUUUCCUUGAGUUAGUUCUGUGGACUUUGGCAUGUUUAAUUGCAUUUCUUUCACGUUGCAGAUGGUCUAACUUCUUUACAGAAAUACCUGAUGAUAUUGGUGCUCUUCCAACUUGUUAAAGAAGCAGCUUUUGACAGGAUGAUUCUUUGGGAGGCUAGGUAGUCUCUCAUCUUAAUUUUUCUUUAUUUUAACCUAAUUAUUCAUGUUAAUAAUAUUGACAUUGUUUCUAUUAAGAGAUAAUGUGCAAAAAGUUGAUAGCAAUAUUUCAGUUGAAAGGAAACAGGCAAUUUGUUAAGAUUUCCAGACCAUCUAAAGAAUUAAGGGUGCAGAUAACAUUUGUUCAUUAAAUAUUUGACUUUAACAUUUGUCCCCUCGCUACUUUUAUCUGGUAGGUUGGUGGUUAUAGACUCUUUGCCUUGUAUUAUUUCACUACUAUUAAGAGCUAUAGAUUACCUCUUCAUUUUGACAAUAAAAAAUAAUACUUAGGUUUUAAAAACAGCUUUGAAUGUUGUAUUAAUGUGACUAUAAGUGGAAAAAGUUAAAGACUUAAAGAUAAAAGGAAAAAGCAACUUCAAAACUUUAAGACUUCGCUAGCUUAGUUUUCACUUUAAGAAAGUGAAGUGGGAGUAGAAAGAAAUGUUUUUCAUUUCAAGGGGAAAACAUCCUGGAGACACUAAGUAAACACAAGAUAAUGGUGGAGCCUUACAGUACUACCAGAAGAAUAACUCUUGUUGAACUCAGCAUGAGGUAACAUAUAAACAGGGAUUGUGGUUAUUAAUGCCACAUGUUCAUUGAUGUAUUCUUGGGAAUAAGAAUUAAACACGUAACUAAUGGUGAGAAACACUUCAUUUUUAAAAAAUUUGGAAAACAGUUUGCUAAACACAUAUGUCCUUGAUACAUAUUUGAACUCUUGCUUACAGCAAAUAUAUAGUACUUUUAACUGUGAGGAAGUUUUAUUGUGAUAAUCAGCCUAUGUUUAUACGCUAGUAAAUACAUUAAAAUACGUUAACUGUUUAUUUUGUUAGAAAGUAACAAAACCAUUAUUUUGUUGUCCAAAUGUUUUAAUGGAAGUUGGUUAUUGUUGACAGGUUUUGAAAUAAAAGCUUCUACCC